UCAAAACAAAGAUGGCGGACGAGUUGAUUCAAAAGUUCAUSAAAUAUUUCUUCAUGAUUUUAGUCUUUUAUGCUCCUUUAGGAUUUUUAACCAUUAAAGCUAAGAAUGUUCCUGUUAAGAUUGUAGAAGAACCUGCAGCUUACAGAGGAGUAAAUACAUACUACCAACAACAUCAAACAAUUCACUCCAAGGUGCUAGAACCUCGUACCGAACCAAUUCCCUUCUCAGGRCCUCCACAUUUAUCUGUACUUGAUGGAAAGUGCUUUUCAUUUAUUGAGAAUGGCUAUAAAUAUGAGCUCUGCCCUUUCCAUAAUAUAACACAAAGAGAGCAGACAGUGAGAUGGAAUGCUUUUUCAGGAAUACUUGGGGUGUUUCAAGGAUGGGUCAUAGUGAACAAUACAUUUGAUAGCAUGUUGAUGGAUGAAGGUGACUUGUGUCCUGGUAGCAACCCAAGGCAGACCAAGGUAUAUUUUCGAUGUGGUAAUGAACAUGGAAUACUGUCAGUCAGUGAACCAAGAACCUGUCAAUACCAGAUGGAUUUCCAAACUCCUUUAGCUUGUCCUCUAGAUGCUAUGCUUGUAUAUCCAGUACUAAGUCCAAAAGGACAGACUCAGUGGGAAUCAAUAGAAGAAUAUCUAUGGAGAGAAGARCUUACGUUACAGGGCUACGACAAACGAAGACGAAAACUAUUCAUCAAUGAAGGACUCGUUGCCUCAGACGACAAGACACAAGUGGGAAAACUGUGGAGCAAAGACAAGAAGGAUCGUGGAAAUAUGAUGAAAGGCGAAACUGUCAAAGAGAAAAGGAAAUUCUUUAGUAUUGAGCAAUGUUCUCAAGCCUAUGACGAACUAUACACUGAGGUAGAAAGGCUGCGAAAAUUGGUUAUUCCAUUURAUAAAGAUAAACCUUCGCAAUCAGAAGGAACUGAAAAAAUCAAUUCCACGUCUGAUGAUACACCAACUAUGAGCUCUAUAAAUAUGGUGACUAAGGAGCAGAAAGAAUCUGAAGUGUUGAGAUUUAGUAACAGAACUACGAUAAAGAAUAGGGAGACUCCCACAUUAUUAAUUUCCGAUGGUUUACUGGAUGAAAAACAAGACAAGAGGCUAUCAACAGCUGCUACAAGUGAAAGAAAAUGAAAUGUAAAAGAAUGUUUUGAAAGAGGUCUUUAGCCUCUGCAUAAUGUUUUCCUAUUUCAGACCACGUGGCAUUCUCUUGAGAAUAAGCUUCUUUGUGUGAGUUGUAUCUAUAUUCAUGUGUCUUCUUGUGCACACCCGUUAAAUAAAGAAAUAAUACUCUAGGAAAUGACACGUGGUCUGAAAUGGGAUAACAUUACGCCUAAAGGAAAGGUCUCUAGGUCACGAUUGAAGUAUUUACAAAUUGAUGUAUUAAAGAUUAUUCAAUAGAUUAUU